UUCUAACACGCGAUAAACGACACGCGUGUGUGAAAUCUCAAUCACAAUUUGAAUGUGAUGACAUGUCUAGGCCUACUUUGGUAACCAGGUCGCAAGCUUAAACAAUAAGCACUGUUUAACAGCUUCACCAAAAACAAAAUCUUUCCGUAGUGCAUCAGAGCAUGAAUGUGAAAGCAACACCACAUCUAGUGCAAGCUACAUAUAUUAAUAGUUGGCCAUGAGAUUUCACAGCGUCACUCUCAAAAAGACGCAUUUCAAGAUGACGGGAUUCGGCAGAGGAUAUUUACAUAUUGCAUCGCUGUUGGCGGCGCUGAAGACAGUUCCUGCGAUCCACUCGUCGCCUCCUGGAACUUACUUCCAGUACGUCAACGUACCUGGAAGAAACGAGUACGUAUUUAGUUUCAGCAGAGGGAACCCAGACCACCACAUCUCCAGAUAUGAACAUGGCAAGAACUGGAACUUCAAGGCAAAGGUAAUAUGGACAGAUAAAGAUGGAGGAUCAGGCGAACACUACUGGGAUUACAACCACACCGACAACGAAAAACGGAACAACAGAGAAUAUGGGAGUUCAGGAGAUACAAACGGAAAUAUGAAAGGCGGUCACGGAAUUUCGAGUGUCCACGAAAGCGGAGGAGAUAGUGGCCACAAAAAUCUAGGAGACAGUAACGUGGAUCUAGGUGGCGGCCACGUGAACGUAGGAGCUGAUAUCCUGAAUCUAGGAGACAGUCACGUGGAUCUAGGUGGCCAUGUAAACAUAGGAGAUGGUAUCCUGAAUCUAGGAGACAGUCAGGUGGAUUUAGGUGGCCACGUGAAUGUAGGAGACAUCCACGCAAAUUUAGGAGAAAGUUACGCGAAUCUAGGAAGCAGAUAUGCUAGUCUAGAAGGUGAACAAGUAAGACUGUUAGGAGGUCUAAGAGACAGCUAUGCAAACCCAGGAGAUAUUAAGAGAAUUUUAGGCAACAGCUAUGGGGUUUUCAGUGGCAGAAAUAGUAUCUUGGGUAGUCUAGGAAGUAUUUAUGUAAAUCUAGCUGGACAUUAUAAAAGCUUGGAGGGCAGCUUUUUACGAAGCACAGCUACGCACGAUCUGGGAGAAAAUGGAGUAGAUCUGACAAUAUAUGACAUUCCAAGAAAAACAACUUCUGACAGUGAUUUGAAUGAAAGAUCGCCGUCUUCAACUGGCGAUCGUGGACACAUUGCGAAUGAUGAAGCUGAUGGCGCACAAAUCACAAAUUCUGCAAGUUCAAACACAGAGGUACUUAAUCAUGACCAGUCUACCACAGGCCAACAGAACACUUACAAAAAUAAAGGUGAAAAUUAUAAUAAUUACGCGGAUACUGCUACAGAUAAUAAUAAUAAUAAUAAAGACUAA